CCUCCGCCCCCGCCCGGAGAGGGUCCCGGAUGUUACCGCCCCCGCGCGCAGAGUUCCCGCCCUUUCCUCUCAGGCUCCCUCCCCUUCCGAGUCCGCUACGGGGUCUGCGCGGCCUAGGCCGAGUUUCGCUGUCUCCCCGGUGGCUAGAGCGUCGUCCCGCGCUCUGUCGCGCUGCCGGUGACGGCGCCCGGAGGCUGUCGGGAAGUUGCCGAGGAGCCCAAGUAGAAGAAAUUUGGAGUUUAGAGCCUGAGAAUUUUGAAAAAUUGAAGCCAGUUCAUGGAUUAAUUUUUCUUUUCAAGUGGCAGCCAGGAGAAGAACCAGCAGGCUCUGUGGUUCAGGACUCCAGACUUGACACGAUAUUUUUUGCCAAGCAGGUAAUUAAUAAUGCUUGUGCUACUCAAGCUAUAGUAAGUGUGUUAUUGAACUGUACCCAUCAAGAUGUCCAUUUGGGAGAGACAUUAUCAGAGUUUAAAGAAUUUUCACAAAGUUUUGAUGCAGCUAUGAAAGGUUUGGCACUGAGCAAUUCAGAUGUAAUUCGACAAGUGCACAACAGUUUCGCCAGACAGCAAAUGUUUGAAUUUGAUGCAAAGACAUCAGCAAAAGAAGAAGAUGCUUUUCACUUUGUCAGUUAUGUUCCUGUUAAUGGGAGACUGUAUGAAUUAGAUGGAUUAAGAGAAGGACCGAUUGAUUUAGGUGCAUGCAAUCAAGAUGACUGGAUCAGCGCAGUAAGGCCAGUCAUAGAAAAAAGGAUACAAAAAUACAGUGAAGGUGAAAUUCGAUUUAACUUAAUGGCCAUUGUGUCUGACAGAAAAAUGAUAUAUGAACAGAAAAUAGCAGAGUUACAAAGACAACUUGCUGAGGAGGAACCCAUGGAUACAGAUCAAGGUAAUAUGUUAAGUGCUAUUCAGUCUGAGGUUGCCAAAAAUCAGAUGCUUAUUGAAGAAGAAGUACAGAAACUAAAAAGAUAUAAGAUUGAAAAUAUCAGAAGGAAGCAUAAUUAUCUGCCUUUCAUUAUGGAAUUGUUAAAGACUCUAGCAGAACAUCAGCAAUUAAUACCACUAGUAGAAAAGGCAAAAGAAAAACAGAAUGCAAAGAAAGCACAGGAAACCAAAUGAAGAAGAUGCUUUGGGACGUGUACACAUUUCUGCUUCUACACUUAUAUUCAUGGAAACCAUUAAGUAUAAAGAACUUUGAGCAACAUCUCAAUUGACUCAGUGCACGUUUGGCAAUAGUACCAGUCCGUCUUGUCUUUAAUGCAUGAAUUCAUGAACUUUUUCCCUACUGCAUCAUGUGCAUGUAGUACAUAUUGAAUAAAAGCAAUAUUAAGAGUC